GUCGAUUUUCUGUGUGGGCAGCCGGCAAGGCUAAAGUUUCGGAUAAAAGCAUCCGUGGCGUAGAGAUGAGUCGCUUUUCCACUCAACCUGAGAAAGGCAAGGGCACUUAAAAUGGCGCUGUUCUGCUUUCUUCCGCUGAUUGUGCUCGGCAUUGCUUCUGGAGAGGGUCUCUUCGAAAAACCAGAUGAAACGCAUUACUACUCUGCCGACAGAAACCUGUUCGAGGGCGACAUUCGACUCACGCAAACACAGUCCCGUAACGUGAAGGUCUUUGGAGAUCCCGAGGGGGGACUAUCACGGGCAGCCAAUGCUGACAAGAAGAAGCUUUGGGACAAUGCCGUUAUACCUUACGAGAUUGAUUGCAGUAUCACGAGUCAGCCAUGGGGCGUAAGAGUGAUCAAAGAAGCCAUGCGGGAGUGGGAAAGUAAGACUUGCUUGCGAUUUGUACCGAGAACAAACGAGACAAACUACGUGUGGAUCUACAGAUCUCUUGGGUGUUGGAGUGAGGUUGGCAAAGUGCAUGGUCGCAAGAAUUACCUUUCCAUGGGCAAGGGCUGUGAUUACAAGCACGUCAUGGUACACGAGCUGGGUCAUGCCAUCGGCUUCUGGCAUGAACAGAGCAGACCGGACAGAGAUAACUACAUCCGCAUCCUGUUUGAUAACGUGGAUGACAGUAUGAAAUACAAUUUCGAAAAGCGAAAAUGGGGCACUGAGGUCAUCGACUAUAACGUGCCUUAUGACUACGGCUCAAUCAUGCACUACCCUUGGACGGCUUUCAGCAAGAACGGCAAACCGACCAUUGAACCAAUCAGAGACCUUAACGGCAAACUGCCCUACAUUGGUCUUAGCGACGAUGAUGCAUUGCAGGCGCGCCGUAUGUACAGCUGUGCCGCACGCGAACUACGACAACCACCUGUUGAGAUGUCAAAGCCUAUUACCCUGACGCGUGGUGAAUUGGAGCGAGAUGCCGAGGCAGGAGGGGUCUGCACUGAUCGCAGUGACAGAUGCUCUGAGUUCUUAAAGAGUGGUUACUGCGAGAGCCGGCCCGACAAUAUGUUCUAUUGGUGCUACAAAACAUGCGGACAUUGUGUAACGGAUCACUGCAGGAACUACGACCACCAGUGCAUGCAGUGGACAAAAGAAGGCAAAUGUCAGAGCGACAAAGAAAACAUGAAAAUGUACUGCCCUUUCUCAUGCAAGUUUUGCUCACAGUGCACAAAGCCCAAGCCCGUACCUACUAUGCUCCCAAGGACAGGCGUAGGUCUGAAGUGCUUGGACAAGUUUCGAGACUGCCCUGACAAGGCUCAUUUCAAGCAGUGUGCCACCUCUGCCUGGGUCGAUUUCAACUGCCGCAUAAGCUGCAGGACCAAAUGUGACACGUACCCUGUCACGCCACAAGGAACGUGCUCAGAGCCGUUGGGACUCGGAUGGCCUGGUAACUACUCUCUUCCGGACAGCAAUUUCUUCGCUUCAACUGAGUUCUUUCCCGGUGACUGGAGCGCGGGUGCGGAGAACGCUCGGUUGUACCAGGAGGAUACGCAGAGCACCAAGCGAAUAGGCGCGUGGUGCGCGUCCGACCGCAAGGGAGAUGUGUUUGUAGGCGUCGACCUAGGCAAGGUGAAGCGAGUGGGCGCUAUCGCCACACAGGGCCGAGACGACUCUCACGAGGUGGUAACGAAGUACAAGCUUGCUUUCAGCAUGGACAACUCGGCGUACCAGUUUUACCAGGAAAACGGCCAAGAUAAGGUGUUCGAUGGUGGCUGCGACUUUUUCACGCCAGCUAUCAACAAGUUCGAGCCAGUCAAAGCUCGCUAUGUACGUCUGCACGUGGUCGACUCAACUUAUCCAUGUCUGCGCAUGGAGCUCUAUGGCUGUGCCGCUUAGGAUCUUCGCCCGCGAAACAUGUAGUAAAAUAAAAGGGGGAUAAAAGUUACAAAACUGUCCAUUUUCAUGUGGCAAUGAAUAAACCAGAAAGGCAAGUGGCA